CCUAGUAAAAAAUGUGUUUAACUUUAUGCAAUGUGGAUCUCAGAUGAAGUUACACGAGUUAAUUAAAGCGUGGGAAAAUGAGAUUUUUUUUUACUCUCCUCAUAAUAAUUCUUCUAACAGCUAUCACAAUGCACCUACCGAGGCUUAGUUUUACUACCUUGUGUUUAUUGUCCUUACUUAUUCGUUUAGGAAUGUUGAUUUAUGGCGAAUGGCAAGACGCGCAUAUGCAAGUAAAAUAUACUGAUAUAGAUUAUAAGGUUUUUUCCGACGCAGCGUGUUUUGUCACUAAGGGAGAAAGCCCAUAUAAGCGCGCGACAUAUCGAUAUACGCCUCUUCUUGCGUUUUUAUUAACACCGAACAUCUAUAUUCACAAAUCAUUUGGCAAAUUCUUGUUUGUUAUUGCUGAUAUUGUAGUUGGGAUAUUGAUACAUAGAAUUUUGUGUUUACGAGGAUUACAUGAUCAAAAGGCUGUUAAUUAUUCCGCGAUGUGGCUUUUGAAUCCCGUAGUUGCAAACAUUUCAACGCGUGGAAACGCGGAAUCAUUACUUGGAGCUAUGAUACUCUUGACCUUGUAUUGGGUGCUUGUGAAAAAAUUCUUUGCAGCAAGCAUAUUAUAUGGAAUAUCUGUCCAUUUUAAAAUUUAUCCUAUUAUUUACGCUAUACCGUUAUUGGUCUUAUUGGAUGAUGAAGAUUAUUGGGGUUUACGAAGGAAGGGCAAGGAGAAGGAACAUGAUAGAAAUUCUUUAAAGUAUUGGACUGGAAAACUGGUCAGAUUUGUGAGUCCAACAAGGAUUAGAUUUGCUUUGAUAAGUGGUGGUGUGUUUUUCCUGUUAAAUGGAAUCAUGUAUUACCUAUAUUCACUAGAAUUUGUCAACGAAACUUAUCUUUACCACGUAACACGUAAAGAUCAUCGCCACAACUUUUCCCUCUGGUUUUACUAUAUUUAUCUUACCUUUGAUGCUUCCAAAAGUUCUAUAAUGGCUUUAUUGGCAUUUUUGCCCCAGAUAAGUAUCGUAACACUGUUGGGAAUCGUAUUUGGCAAAGAUAUAUUUUUUGCAUGUUUCGUUCAAACUUUUGCAUUUGUGAUUUAUAACAAAGUUUGUACUUCACAGUAUUUUAUGUGGUAUAUAUGUCUAUUUCCACUCAUAAUUCAAUCCACGACAAUCAGAUUUUUUUAUAAAGGGUUAUUUAUGUUACUCACAUGGAUAGUUGGCCAGGCACUUUGGCUUUAUCAAGCUUAUAAUCUUGAAUUCCUAGGGGAGAACACAUUCUUUAACAUAUGGUUAGCAAGUAUUGUUUUCUUUGCGGCAAAUAUUUGGAUACUUACUGAAAUCGUGCAAAAUCAUGUAUAUGAAAAAUGUUUUGGAUUAGGAAAAGUCAGAAAUGUUUGGAAAAUCAGAGAAGAUAUAACAAAUGGGCAGAGUUCAAACAGUGGGUCAAAAUAUUCCGUCUAUUCAUAGAAAGAAUAUAAAAAUUGUGAUGGAUAAGAUGGAUAUUAAAAAAUAAUUUAUAACCAUUUUAGAUGCAAUAUAAAUAAAUAAAUAUAUUAUAAACUUU